CUGUUUUUCACCUCUGCACUGAAGCCUCUACAGACCACACCCAAAACUCAGCCCAAACUCCUCCUCUAGGCUGCCCCUCAACUUCCAUUCCCCCAAAACCCUCCAGUGUUGUCCUGAAUCCAUGGUGUAACUUCUGCCACAUUUAAUGGCUCAAAGAUGAUCCAUACAUAGCAGUGACGCACAGGAGAGCUCCCACGGUGCAGCAGAAAUGUCUCCCAAAGUGCCCGGUGGCCAAGGCAGGGGGGAUUAUUCUGCAGUGCAAGUAGCUGUUCGAGUGCGUCCCCUGCUGCCUAAAGAGCUUCUACACUGCCAUGAGAGUUGUAUCACCGUGGACUCAGAGCUGUGCCGGGUUACUCUGGGCCAUGACCGUCACUUUCUUUGCGACUACCUAUUUGAAGAGACUUGCUGUCAAGAGGAGGUUUAUUCUGUGUCUGUCCAGCCACUCAUAGAUGCCUUCUUUCAAGGCUUCAAUGCUACAGUCUUUGCCUAUGGGCAGACAGGCUCAGGAAAGACUUACACCAUUGGAGAAGCUAAUAUUUGUUCCUUUAGAGAUGAGGAGCAGGGUAUCAUCCCCAGGGCUGUUGCAGAUGUCUUCAAGCUGCUAGAUGAAAAUGACCUCUCAGAUUUCUCUGUCCGAGUGUCGUAUCUAGAGGUCUACAAAGAAGAGUUCAAGGAUUUACUGGAGGUGGAGACAGCCAGCAAGGACAUCCACAUCCGGGAGGAUAAAGGCAACAUUGUUUUGUGUGGCGUAAAGGAGUGCGAAGUGGAAGGUCUUGAUGAGGUGUUGAGUUUACUAGAGUCAGGAAACACAGCCAGGCACACUGGUGCAACCCAGAUGAAUCCAAACUCCAGCCGGUCGCAUACCAUUUUUACCAUGUACAUGGACCAGCGUCGGGGAAGCUCUCGCCUUUAUGGGACUGCUACAAGUUCUGGACCACAAAUGUUGUCUUCCAAGUUCCACUUUGUUGACCUGGCAGGGUCAGAGCGCAUCUUAAGGACGGGGAACACUGGAGAGAGAUUGAAAGAGAGUAUCCAGAUUAACAGUGGUCUUCUGGCUCUGGGAAAUGUUAUUGGGGCACUGGGGGACCCCAAGAGGAAAGGCUCUCACAUACCAUACAGAGAUUCUAAAAUCACAAGGAUCCUAAAAGACUCUUUGGGAGGAAAUUCCAAAACACUGAUGAUUGCCUGCAUCAGCCCUUCCUCCUCAGACUUUGAUGAGAGUCUGAAUACACUAAACUACGCCACAAGGGCCAGAAACAUUCAGAACCGGGCGACAGUCAACUGCAAGCGUGAGCCAGAUCGGGUGGAAGGGCUGGAGCAACAAAUCAAGGCACUUCGCAGAGCACUCGAAAACCGCCAGCGUUCAGAGACCCGCAUCAUUUCUCACGCUGACCCACACAGGAGACCUCGACUUGGAGAGGGAGAGAUCAACAGACUGCAAGCCCAGAGUGCCCACUAUAGGACCUGCACAGACACUGCUUACAGGUUGCUACGGGAGCUGCAGAGUGAAGGGGCUCUGACUGCAGAACAGAGUCUGAGAGUGAAGGAGUGGCUGUGCUCAGUGGAGGAGGAACGGAGCGGACUGACCACUGCCUCAGGACCAGACAGCGGUAUCGAGAACAGCUCCACUGAAGACAGUGUUGCAUUAAGGAGAGGAAGGCCUUCUGUAAGGAACCAGGAUUCAGAGGCUGUGGAAGAGAGGUGGAGCCACGAGCAUGAAAAUGAGAAAGAUGGAGAGAAAGAGGAUAGUAUUGUCCAGCUUCAAGCACAGAUCCAGCGGUUGGAGAGAGAGAACACAGACUUUUUAGCAGCUCUGGAGGACGCUAUGGAGCAAUACAAGCAGCAGAGUGAUAAGCUGCAGGAGCAACAGGACUUGAUAGCUGAGCUGCAGUGUCAUCUGUCUACUCCAGGGCUGAUGGGCCUGGGCCUUAACUUGAGAUCACGGCCACACACUGCCCCUAUGGGCUCCCUGCAACACAGUCAGAAUGGAGGCACAUACAGACAGGUCAGUCCGGUAGGCUAUCUUGGUAAUGGGCCUUGUGGUGAUCAGGAUGGUAGCCUCAAUGAGGAGCAGGAGAUCCCAGGAGGAGCAGAAAUGCAGGACACGGAAGAAGAGGGAGGUCUUUCCAACUUCAGCCGGGAGAGACGCAAGCAUGUGAACCUGACCUGGACCAAGAGGGACAUGCUGUCAGGAGGACUAGCAGCUGGUGGUAGAGGGCUCAUAUCUCUGCUGCAUGAGCCAGACCAGCACCCCUGUUUAGCCAGAAAAGCAUCUAACUUCAGUACCGGUGAGACAUCUGUACGUGAAAGUCUGAAAAGUUUUGAAGGUGUUUCAGAGUGGGGACUUCUUCAGGCACAGCAGAAGAUCAGGGAGCUGUCUGUCACCAUCCGCAUUAAGGAAGAACUCAUCAAGGAGCUGGUCAAAACAGGUAAGGAUGCUCAGGCCUUGAACAGGCAGUACAGCCAUAAAAUCACGGCUCUGGAGAGUGAAGCUGUGCAGGCUCGACAGGAGCUGCAGGAGGCCCAACGGCAGCUUCAGGAUCUAGAGAGGCAAGAGAGAGAGAUCAGUGCGACAGACAAAACCAGAGCACAGGAAUGUCGCAGGAAGAUAGCUGCUGCUCAGAGCAAAGUUCAGGUUCUCAGUCAACGUCAGAGGGAUACCGCCCGUCUCGCUAACCUUCCUGCCCAGAGUGAACGUCGUGUGUUAGAGCUGGAGCGAAGUGUUCAGAGUAUGAGGCAGCAGCAGGAGCAGCUGCAAAGGCGGCUGCGCCAGGAAAGUCAGCAGAAACAACGUCUGGAGACCGAGAUGCAACGAAGAACUCACAGAGUCAAGGAACUGGAGAUAAAGAAUGAGCAGCAGCAAAAGAUCCUGAGAAUAAAGACAGAGGUGAUUGCUGCCUUCCAGAGGCAGAGACGUAGCGGUAGUAAUGGCUCUGUCAUCUCAUUGGAAGAGCAACAGAAGAUUGAGGAACAAAAGCGCUGGCUGGAUGAGGAAAUGGAGCGGGUACUAGACCAGAGGAAAGGGUUGGAAGAUCUGGAAGGAGAGCUCACUAAACGAGAGGAUAUUCUGGCCAAGAAAGAAGCCCUGCUACAGGAACGCAGCGGACUGGAGACCAAGAGGCUCCGCUCCAGUCAGGCCCUGAGUAAAGACCUGGUGACACUUACAGGGCGUAUUGAGUCACUUGAGCGAGAGUUGAGUGAGAGGAAUGGUCUUCUUCGCAGCAGCAGUGCUCAAGACUCGCAACAGAUUCGUCAAGAGAUCUCAAACCUGCGUCAAGAGAAAGAUUCGCUGCUUAAGCAAAGAGUGGAGCUGGAUGAUAAGCUGCGGCAGGGUAACCUGCUGUCACCUGAGGAGGAGCGAACACUUUUCCAGUUCGAUGAGGCGAUCGAGGCUCUGGAUGCAGCUAUCGAGUACAAGAAUGAGGCCAUCACUCAGAGACAAAGACAGCUGAGGGCUUCUGCCAGUAUGCUUUCCCAGUGGGAGAUGAACCUUAUGGCCAAACUCAGUUACCUGUCUGCCUCUGAGACCAGAGCUCUGCUGUGCAAGUACUUCGACAAGGUGGUGUCUCUGCGUGAGGAGGAGCGUAAGCUACAACUUGCCCUGGCUGAGCUGGAAAUGCAACUAGAUGAGCAGCAGAAGCUGGUGCAGUGGUUGGAGAACGCCCUCGAUCGCACGCAACUCGACACAGAUCGCCGGCUCACGCAGCAGCAGAAGGAACAUGAGAGAAGCGUACAGCUCUUACUGCAGCAGUGUCGAGAGCAAAUAGACGAGGGCCUGGCAGGAAGGCAGCGGCAGUUUGAGGGAUGGAUCCAUAACCUCAGCAAGGAGCUGAACCACUACAAGGUGGCAAAUCUGGAACUAAGCAACAAACUGAGAGAGCUCUGUGGUUCAGCCAGCCAGCCAAAGGAGCAUGCUAAAGUUGUGGCAUCUGAUGGUAAACCAGCAGGCAUCGGCAGCAUGGAGAAGCUGACCCGCUGCCCAGAGGACAGCCUGGGAGGCAGGGUAGCGGGACAGUCUGACAAACUUCCCAGGUCCAGGGAGGAAAUGCGUGAGCUGGUGAACACCCCUCUCCCGUCCACGUGGAGACGCUCUUCUCUCCCCACAGAGGAACCUGCUGUCAUGGAGGAGUUAUGGCUCCGAGCGACUGGGGACGUUCCUGUUAACCGUGUAGUUCAAACUGGUAUGGGGUCCUGGGGCGGGCCGACAUCCCUGCCUGUGGUUAAGUCUCGUAGAGAGUCCCGCCGCUCCAGCCUCAACAUUGGACCACUGACUUCAAACAAUGCAUUCAUUGACGUACGGAAGAAUCCUGUCUGAAAAUGUAUGUCAUUGUGUUACUUAAGACCAUUCACAUAGAUUUUUGUUCUGUGGUUUCUGAAAUAUUUUGUCGUAUUAUCCAUCUUUAGUUUUUGUAUUUCAAUUUUUGUACUUGUAUAUAAAGUUUUUUAAUAAACAAGGAUGGUAACACUUUACUUGGAUAGUCCGCCUACAGAUAGGUUAUAGAGUAUUUGUAACAUUUCAACUGUUUCGCUUUGUCUGUAGAUGUUUAACAGAUUAUCAAUAAAGUUUAUGUCACAAUUCAUACCCUAAUACCCUAACUAAGAUGUUUUUUGUGCCUAAACCUAACCAUACCUUUAUUUGUGAAACAGUUGAAUCUCAACUAAUAAGCUGUUGAAAUGUUACAAAUACUCUAUAAACUACCUGUAGAUGGACUAUCCAAGUACAGUGUAACUACAAGGACACCCACUGAUUUUUAUAUGAAGCACUUUCACUAAGAUAAAGUUUGUUUCCAUUUCAUACAGUAAUUGAUAGGUAUAUGGUCUUACCAACCAUGAAGGUCAAUAAGAGGUGAAUCAUUUGCAUCAUUACAAAAUGAGAUUUUCAUGCUUUCUAAUCAUGUAGUAUUUUUACCUUCUACAAUAUUUUAUAUUAAAAUGUUUUUGCAAGUA